AUGGAGACACAGGUGGGAGCUGUGGCCGAGGCCGGCAGGCGGCCCGGGCCGGCUCGCAGCUGCGAGGACGCCGGCAGCCUGUGCCCUGAGGCCGAGGCCGUGGCGGGCGCUUUGCGGGCAGGGCUUUUCCGAGCCGGCCGCAAUGUGCUGCCUCCGGUGACCAACCUCUGUUCCAAGGUGUCCUGCUCUGACAUUGUCACUCUGGGAGAGCUCUCUGUGACCUUGAAGAAGGACAUGGACUCUGAGGUGGAUGAGGUUGCUCGGGUCCUUCUCCAGAUGGUGCCCAGCUCCCCAGAAUUUGUUCAGAAAGCAGCCAGUCAGACCCUGGGGAUCCUGGUGGAGAAUGUGACUCCUGCACGAGCAAUGAUUGCUCUCAUGGACAUGGGAGUCAAGCAGGUUCUUCUUUUAGAAAUUCUUCACCUUUAUCUGACUGGUUACCGUCUUACCGAGAAGAUUUCUCGGGACACUUUCCAUGUUCCCUCACCCACAAAGUCCUCGCCUCCCAUCCAGAAGAGCUCUCUGUCCUCCAAGCUCAGGAAGAAGCUGCCGCCUGGCCGGGCCAUGCCCCCGGCCCGCCCCCGGCCCCGGGCGGGGCUGCCCCGUGCCCGGCCCCGGCCGUCCCGCCGCGGUCUCGCCUCCGCCCGGCUCUGGCCGUGCUGGCGGUGGCGCUGCUGGGCGGGCAUCAGUGCCUGGGGCGGGGGCGGCAUCGCCGCCCUUCGGCUCCGCCUGGCCCGAGCCCGGCCCCGGCCUCGGCCCCGGUCCCGGUCCCGGCCGCGGCUCCUCCCGGGGCCCGUGGAGGACACAGGCGGCGCGGCCGCUCCCGCCGCCUCCGCUGCGGCUUCCCCGGCCCGAGCUCCGCCGCUUGGCAGCGCGGCCGCCGGCCCCGAGCCUCCCGUGCCGCGUUCCCGGGAGCGAACGCCUGGGCAUGGCCCGCCCGGCGCGGGUGAGGGGCGCUCGGGGGCCGUUGCUGGCCCCGGGCCGAGCGCUGACAGCCGCGUCCCGCCCGCAGGGACGGCGCAGGAGGCCCUGCUGGAGCGGUACCGGCUGGGAUCGCUGCUGGGGCGCGGCGGCUUCGGCAGAGUCUUCGCGGCCACGAGGAUCUCGGACGGCGCCCCGGUGGCCAUCAAAAGGGUGCCACGGAACCGCGUCCGGCACUGGGGCGAGCUGCCCGACGGCACCAGCGCACCCCUGGAGGUCGUGCUGCUGGCCAAGGUGUCCACUGGCUUCCCCGGUGUGGUCCAGCUGCUGGAGUGGCUCGAGCUCCCCAACUGCAUCGUGAUGGUGCUGGAGCGGCCAGAGCAGUGUCAGGAUCUGCAGCAUUUCAUUGGGGCACGGCAGUUCCUGCCCGAGGAAGAGGCGCGGGAGCUGUUCCGCCAGGUGCUGGAGGCCGUGUGGCACUGCACCAGCUGCGGGGUCCUGCACCGGGACAUCAAACCAGAGAACAUCCUGGUUGACCUGGACACCGGGCAGGCCAAACUCAUCGACUUUGGCUGUGGCGCCUACCUGCAGGACACAGUCUACACUCACUUUGCAGGAACACUGUCCUACAGCCCCCCGGAAUGGAACGACUUUGGCUGGUACCAUGGCGAGGCAGCAACGGUCUGGUCCCUGGGCAUCCUGCUGCACCAGAUGGUCUGCGGGGAGCACCCUUUCAAGAGGGGCCGGAACCUCAGCUGGGGCCAGCUCCCACUGCCACAACGGCUCUCUCAAGAGUGCAAAGACCUGAUCAGGUGGUGUUUAUCUGUGAACUCCUUGGACAGACCCGCACUGGAAGACCUGUUCUGUGAUCCUUGGAUGCAGGAUAUUCCUCUGCCAUAG